GUUCAGUGGAGGGUCUGGAUGCCCAUCUGGUGCACGGCUAUGUGAUCCAUGACAUGGAGAGCAGCACAGAGGUGGAGAUCCCUUAUCCUCAGUUGGAGGACAGCAUCCACUGUGGACGUGCUUUCCAUCACGGUCGAUUUAUCAUGGGUCUGAGGAGAGCCGCCCAGGCCCAGCCAAAUGUCACAUUCGUAGAAGGCACCGUGACCAGUUUGCCAGAAGAGGAAGGUUGUGUAACUGGAGUCCAGUACAAGGAUAAAGAAACUGGAGACAUCAAGAAAAUUCAUGCGGCGCUGACUAUUGUGGCAGAUGGCUGUUUCUCCAAAUUCAGAAAGAGUCUGGUAUCUGGAAAAGCUCACACCUCAUCACACUUUGUUGGAUGCCUUAUGAAG